GAGGAGGAGAAGGAGAGGGAGGAGAAGGAGGAGAGGGUUCGACUCGAGGCAGUGGCGGGGGUGGCUCUUUGAGAGAAGGGAGAGAGUUCACAGUGCCGGUGACGUUAUUUUUAAACGCAACAAACACGCGCGGCUUGCGCUUUGUAGUUUUCAGUGGUGGGGGGCUGCGUGAGUGGCGUUGACUGAUUUUAUGCGAGGAAUUUUUUUUGGGGGGGGCCGGGGGCGGGGGGGUUGGUCACAAAUUUGGGAGCUGCCUUGUCAGGUGAACGCGCGUCUCGAGUGUGCCAACAACCACGAGGUGCUGGGUUGUUAAGUCGUGCGACACAACUAGUGAGCACGGUCCACACCGACCGAGUGGCGACUGCUGCACGGAUCGAGCCGCACAACACGCGGGCGAAGAGGUCGCUCGCGCUAGACGGGAACAAAGAUUUGACUCUUAGCGUUACAGGCGGCGGCGGCCUCUCGUAGCGAGUCGAGUGUCCGUCUGCUGUAGAUAGACAGAGAGUGCCGGUGCUGCUGGUGGUGCUGGUGUGGAACGACGGCUUGCAACAACAACGACAACAACAACAACGACGACGACAACAACGACGACGACGACAAACAAAAACAGUCACCGUUGUUGGUCGCUACCGUCUACGUCCAACCUCGACCGUCUUCGCCGUGCCGGAGGAGCGCGCGAGAGGGGGAAGCCGUGGCGGAGACAUGCGGCACAAAAGGAGUUGUUGCUGCUGCUGCUGUUGUGGUGAAGAACGCAGAGCGUCCACAACGCUCGUCGUGUAGCCUGAAUCUCCCCAUCCCCUGCCCGCCUCACCGCUUUUUAGCCACCUAAAUCAAAGACAGAGCCCAGGGCGCGCGCCCGCGCGAUCCCAGCCAUGGAUAUAAAAGCGAAGAACCUGGAUGUUACGACGUACCUCCUGGACGCCGAGGGCAACUUCAUGGAGGACACGCCGAGGCCUCCGGUGCCGGGCGAGGAGGACCAGGUGGUCGUGAGCAAGGCCGCGGCCCGCGCUGGCCAGAACCAGAGCCCUUACGUGGCCAAGGGCGAUGCCUUGAAGGGCGAGGCGACCACCGCUACGCCACGCAGGGCCGACUAUGACCUGGGUUACGAGCCCGAGGGCAGCGCGUCGCCCACGCCGCCGUACGUGCGUUGGGGCGAGUCGCUGCACUCGCUGUUGGACGACCGCGACGGCACGCACCUCUUCCGCACCUUCCUGGAGCAGGAGGAGCUGCCCGACAUGCUGGACUUCUGGUUUGCGUGCAACGGCUUCCGCAACCUGCUCGCCAACAAGAUGGGCAAGGCGGCGCGCCUCAUCUACAAGCGCUACGUGAGCGACACGGCCGGCGUGGUGGCGGCGCACCUGAAGGCCGCCACGCGGGCGUACGUGCGCGACUGCGUGCUGGCGCGCGGCGUGGCCGACCCCACCGUCUUUGACCAGGCCCAGCUCGAAAUCCAGCAGCAGAUGGAGGAGAACAGCUACCCGGCAUUCCUCAAGUCCGAACUCUACCUGGAGUAUGCCCGUGCUGCCGGCUGCUGUGGCGAGGCCAGCCCCGGGCAGCUGCAGCAGCAGCAGCAGCAGCAGUUGCAGCAGCAGAAGGGCGGCGAGCAGGGUUCCGGCUCGGGCUCCGGGUCGUGCAGCGCGGGCAUGCCCGUCGGAUACCUUCCCACCCUCAACGAGGAUGAAGAGUGGCGGGGCGCCGAGGCCGGGCUACUCCUGAUGGGCGAGCCCUUCGACGCGUUGGCGCUCGCCAGCGAGCUGGGCAACAAGCUACUGCUGGCCACCUGGGAGCCCGAGAAUGAUGCCAAAGAGUACUUCCCGACCUUGCAGUCCAAGCCCGUGCCGCCGUACCACGUGAACGCCGGCCACACCUGCGCGCCGGCCACGAGCGCCAACGACAGCGAGCAGAGCAUAUCGAGCGACGCCAUGACGGACGACAGCAUGUCCAUGACCGACAGCAGCGUGGAUGGGAUUCCUCCGUACCGCUUCAAGAAGCAGCAGCGGAGGGAGAUGCACCGGAGCAUCCGGGCGAAUGGACGGGUGGCCCUACCACACUUCCCUAGGACGAGUCGCCUGCCCAAGGAGAUGGGACCCGUGGAUCCGAAGAAGUUUGCGGCCGACCUGAUCUCGCGCCUCGAGCUGGUGAAGCGGGAGCGCGACGCCCAGGAGGGCCUGGAGGAGCGGCUCCAGAGGCUGCGCGAGGAGGAGGAGAGCCUGACAUCCGACGUCUCGGCGAUGGGUGGCUGCGGCGGUCGCGAGCUGCUGCUUCCGCUCUCGCACCAGCUGCACCCCUUCGCGCUGCUCAUGCGCGCCGGUGGCGGCGGCGGCGGCGGCGGCGCGGACGCGGUGGUGGCCGUGACGGCGGUCGCCCCCGAGGACGACCCCGAGUCGAUCCUGGACGAGCACGUGUCACGCGUGAUGGGCACGCCCGGCCAGCGCUCGCCGCUCCGGGGCCGUUCGCCCGAGCGCCGGCUCGUGCCCCGGCUGCAGUCCGUGUUCGGCACGCCGCUCCUCCCGGCGCUGAGCCCGCAGCAGCAGCAGCACCAGCAGCAGCAGCUGGCGCUGCAGGGACAGCUGGCGCCGGCGACGUCUCUCGCGGCGCCGGCCGCGGUCGGGUGCGGACGGCCGGGUCACAAGGCGCACGUGCAAGUGCACCAUCACCACGUGCACCACCACGGGCCCGAGGGCGACGCGGCCGCCCCCCCGAGGCCUCCGUACGCGUUUGCCGGCACCGCCGCGGAACCCUACGGUGGCGUGCGGACGAGCGGGCCCGACGCGUACGGCAGUGGCAAAGGCAUUCCGGCGGAAGAGGCUGACCGUGCUCGGCUCAUCUGGAAGUGGAUGAUGGAGGGCGAAAGGGAGAGUGGCAAACACCACAAGUCCCCGCACAGUGUCGUCGUGGGGAAGAAGGCCCCUGUGUGCGACACGUCACGGGGGAGCUCGUCGGAGCGCGUGUGGGGUGGCGGCGGCUGCGGCGGCGGCGGUGCCGCCGGCAGCGCCGGCGCCGCCGGCGGUCACGGCACUGGCCCCCCCUACGCGCGCCGUGCCGUGCAACCCUCCCACCCGUUCCUGCAGGACCCGGCCAUGCCGCCUCUGCCAGCGCCCAACACCACCGUGCAGCUCGAGGAGGCCAAGCGGCGCCUGGAAGAGGAGUGGCGCGCUGGGCGCACACAUGCCGGCAAGCAGAGGUACGCGCAGGAAGUGAUGCAGCGCGGCAGGAGCAUGGGGCGGCCGGGCGCUGUUCCCGUGCCUGGCAUGGUGCCCGCCGUCUCGGACAUGGACCUCUCGCAGCCCCCGCAAGACCGCAAGCCGGUGAAGAAGGCCGCGGGGUCGGCGUGCACGGCGCCGGAGGGCGGCGGCGGCGGCACCGGCGGCACCGGCGGCAGCAGCAUCGUGGUGGCGUACUACUUCUGCGGAGAGCCCAUCCCCUACCGCACCACGGUGAAGGGGCGCGUCCUCUCGCUCGGCCAAUUCAAGGAGCUCCUCACCAAGAAGGGCAACUACAGGUAUUAUUUCAAAAAAGCAAGCGACGAGUUCGAGUGCGGAGUCGUCUUCGAGGAGGUGCGGGAGGACAGCGCCGUUCUUCCCGUCUUCGAGGAGAAGAUCAUCGGCAAGGUGGAGAAGGUCGACUAAUGGGGGGAAAAAAAAAAAAAAAAGCGCCCCCAGCGGCAAGGAGCCCCCCGCGGGAUGGGUGGUGGAGGGGGUGGUGUGGGGGGGGGGGAGUGGCAGGUCCAUGACCGCGGUCCAUCCAUCCCACACCAGCGUCCGUUUGGCCGAGAGGAACGAACGUGGGCGCGAUUCAGUUUGCCCCCCACCCCACCCCGGAGCCCGUCGUCCGCGCCCGUGCACCCCCCCCACGCCCUCCCUGAGAGAUGACCGGCGGAUUUCUCCGCCUGCGGUCGCGUUGAUGGGCGGGCGGCGGCGGCGGCGGCGGCGGCGGCAGCGACGCCGUAGUAGGCGAGGAGAGCUCUGUCGUUGAGGUUCCGUCUCAAGUUGCCGCUGUUUUUGCUGCUCAAGACGAAAGCGAGAGGCGCCGGAACGUUGGAAGACGGUGGCACAUUUUUGUUUUCGGGAAAGACGUUUGCGGAACGGAACAUCUGUGACUGGGGGGGGGGGGGUGGUGGAGAAAGAAGAAGAUGUAAAAAUAAAAUGCUCCCUCUGCUGCUAAAUACGACUGGGAUGAACGAGGAAGAUGAACAUGUUUUUUGAAACUAAUGUCCGCCACACUGCAAAGGGGGGCACAUUGGCCACGGGCCAUGGAGGAAAAACAAAGGUUGAGCUUAAUUUAAUGACAUUCUCAAGAAGAGAGGCAAUACGGUGCUUGUUUUAAGGCUUCCUUUUCAGUAUCUGCCGUUGCAUCGGUGCGUCAAGUUUGAGACUUAUGCAAAAAUGGAUCAAAACUGUAUGAGACAUUGUGCGUGCGUGCGUGUGUGGCGCGUGUGGGAGAAAAUGUUUAAACACGAUGUUUUUUUAAGCAUGUGAAAUGAGAAACUGUUUACAGAAGCUGUGUAAGCUUUUAUCGGAUGAUAAUAUGGGUUAAACCGAACACUGACUAACAGGGUUUGAUUCAACUAAACCUGUACAGGCU